AUGAUGACGGACAAAAGUGGCCGUCCCCAAGCCAACAUCCUACUCAUCAACGAUUCCGGUGCUGUGUUCACCGAAAGCAUCGACUGUAAGUUGGAGACGAAGAUGGGAGGCUACAUUGCAUCCGUUUUGCGCCCGAUCAUUGAGAAGGUGGGGCCCGCCAACAUAGUUGCGUUAUGCAUGGAUGGGGGCAGCAAUUAUGCGGCUGCAUGUAGGGAACUCAUGCUUGAGUAUCCUCACAUUGAGCAUGUGCCGUGCGCUACUCACGUCAUGGAUCUGCUCAUGGAGGACAUUGGGAAAAUGGAUUGGGCGAAGGACAUUGUGGCUAAGGCGGGGGUGAUUAUUACCUUUGUACGUGCCCACCAUUUCACCAAAGGUUACAUGCGAAGCCCGCAAGUGAAGGGAGGGAAGGGGAAGCAGGUGCUGAAGCCGGCGGGCACCAGAUUUGGCACGCAAUUCAUCGCGGUGCAGCGGCUUUGCGAGGUGCGGAGUGCAUUGACGCAGAUGGUGCUGAGCCCGGAGUGGCAGGCUUGGGCGAAGGGGAGGAAGCCGCAGGUCGAGCCCUUCGCAACCAUGAUCAUGGAUGCCUUGUGGUGGAAAGGUGCGGGGUUCUUCGUCGCCCUCCUGAAGAUCCCCUUUGUCGUCAUGCGCAAGACCGACUCGACGGCCAAGGGCAUGAUGGGCAGGAUGUACGAUCUGAUGCUGCAGCUCACGGAAGACAUCAAUGCGAAGCUGGAGGAGGAGGAGGCGGGAUUGGUGCUGUCCAGCAGUGAACGCACGGAGGUGACCAACAUCGUCCAAAAGCGCUGGGACCAUAGCAUGGCGUGUGCCAUGCACGUGGUUGGCCGGAUCCUCAACCCGGUCAACCAAGAGGAAGGCAUCUUCCGCACCAACCUGGAGUGUACUCGCGUCUUCAAAGCGUUUGUCGCUCGUCACUACGCAGGGCGGACCGUCACGCGCAAGGAUGGCGAGGAGCUGCGCGCAUCCCACGUCAUCCAGGACGGCCUGGCGGCAUUCAACACCCUUCAGGGGAGCUUCGGCCUACCCGACGCCAUCUCUGACCGUGAGCUCAUGAAGGCCGGUAAGAAGACGGUCGUCCAGUGGUGGACGUGGCACGGGACGGAGCACCCCGAGCUGACAACGCUCGCUUCCCGCGUUCUCUCUCAGCCAGUGUCCGGAUCGGCGUGUGAGAGGAACUGGGCAGUGUGGGAAUCGAUCCACAGUGCCAAGCGCAACAGGUUGGGGUCUGAGAAGUGUCGGGACCUCGUGUAUGUUGCGCACAAUUGGAACAUUGUGCGCAACUGGCACAAGGGGGCUGAGUGGGUGACGGUUCUCCCGGGAAACAUCCCUGAGGCCUCCCUGCCGGAAGGGUACAACGAGGUUAUGGAGGAGGAUGAGGAGGAGGGGGAGGAGGAUGAGCUGGAGGAUGAGUACAAUGCAUGGGGAUGGGAGGGCCAAGUGUGUGUUGCUGACACCGAAUGUGGUGAGGGAAAAUGGGGGAAAGGGAGGUUAGGGAGUGCGAUGGAGAACAAUGCACGAGUGCACAGUGGGAGGGCCAAGUGUGUGGUGCUGCCGCCUAAUGUGGAGGAGUGCCUGGGGGAGGUGCCUGGGGCAGACGCUGCCGCACGCAGCACUCCGAUGCUCAUGGCUCUCUCCCGACGCCGCCUCGCCAAGGUGAAUAGAGGCCGAGGUGGGCUGUUUAUGCUAUCCCAGAAGCGCAUGUUUGAGAGGUAUUGCUCCUGGGCAUGCAUCGAGCUGACCACGCUCUUGCAUGAGUGCCAUGGGGGUGGAGGGGCAGGAAGUGCAGGAGGAAGUUGGUGCGUUUUGACAGAGGCAGUUAUGGCAGGAAGGGGAGGCGGAGCGGAGGGGGGGGGAGCAGUUUCAGGCGGGGUAGGUGGAGCGCUCUUAAUGAUGGAUGGGGGAAUGAUGGUGAAAUGGAUGGCAACUGAGAGGGGCAGGUGGAUGGGGAAUGAUGGGAGCAGACAAAGGCAGUUAGGUGGGCAGAGAGGAGCAGAUGGAUGGGGACAGGGAGGAGCAGAUGGAUGGGGGCAGAGAGGAGCAGAUGGAUGGGGGUAG